AUGCACCCUUCUCCGUUUCGUACCACGCCCCAGAAUCCUGGUGGCUCGUACGAGAAACUACCCUCGGUGCAGUCCGUGACGGGAUCUUACUCGGCCCCUGGAGUCAUGCUCUCGGCUCCGCCAAGUAGACCCGAUAGUGGGAUGCAGAUGUCGCAUCUAUUACAGCCCAUGUCGCAAACUCCCCACCAAAUUACUCUGGGCCCACCUCCACCAACCACCCAACACCAACUACCAUUACCACCUGCCCCAGGUCCCUCAACCUCUCCAUAUUCGCGUUUCUACGAGUCCGCGUCCGGUUCUCCCACCGACACCGGUGCUCUUCCAGAUGCCCCUCCAUUGGGUUCCUUCCCCGGAAACCAGGGUCCGUUCCAAACAAGUCCGAUCGGGCAUGCGCAGUCAAACCAGGCGCAUCUGCAGCAGAAAAGAGCCUACCGACAACGUCGCAAAGACCCCAGCUGCGAUGCCUGUCGCGAACGCAAAGUGAAAUGCGACGCUUCGGAAUCCGCAAGCUGUACGGAAUGCUCCAACCGAAAAGUGCGCUGCCAAUUUACCAAGGAGACAAAUCGGCGAAUGUCCUCCAUCAAACAGGUGCAAGAUCUCGAAAGGCAGUUGGCCUCCAUGUCGGAAGAACUCCAGCAUCUGAGAUCCCUUUUGCUUCGCCCAGAAGGUGUGGACCAUGACGAUACUGUGGGACAGCCCUUGUUGAAAUUACCCGACCUCGAUUACAAGCCCUUGCGCCGGCGCAGGGUGGGCAAUUCUCAGGAUUUUUCCAAAGUGCGAAAAAAUAUCGGCAAUUAUGGCCGCAACAUUGUAAAUGCGCCUUCACCUUAUAAACAUUUAGUCUCGAAGUCUGUUGUGACCGGUGAUGCGCCAAAAUUGCCACCGAAGGAGGUCGCCGAUCACCUCCUGGCUCAGUAUUUCAACCACGUUCAUUCAGUACUGCCGAUAUUUCACUGGCCCACUCUCGCCGCGGAAUACGCCGAGGUCUAUCGGCUGGGUACAUUACUGGGCGUCUCAAGCGAAUGGGCGGCUGUCUUGUUUGCGAUCCUUGCAUGCGGGGCAAUUCAUACAAAUGAAGUCAAUCGCGAGGAGAAGGGCAAAGAGUUUAUGCGGGUAUCCUGUAGCUUGAUUGAUGUGUGGGAAGAUAACUUCAUCCUGGAUCGAGCUAGGGCGGCAUUGCUAGUGAGCAUAUUCCUCUACGAGAUCAACUGCAAAUCCUCGAGCUGGGUGUGGAUUGGUUCCGCGGUGCGUGUGGCUCAAGAGAUCGGGCUGCACAUUGAUUCGGGUUCAAGGCCUCCCCUAGAAGCGGAGAUGCGAAAACGUCUUUGGUGGGGUUUAUACACUUGGGACAGGCUGCUUGCUCUGGAGAUGGGCAAGCCAGUGUUGAUCAACGAUCAUGACUGCAACAUUGAUCUUCCUUGCCCUCUCGAGGAUCAAUAUAUGGAUGAAGAAGGACAGGCCGUUGAGGGACAACAAACGUCUCCAUUGCUAGCAACCAUCCAUAUGGUUCGCUCGAUCGGCGAGCUCACUCGAAACCUUCAAUCACCCUCUAUCAGCCCUGUCACAAUUGACACCUUCGAAAGACACUUCAACUCAUGCCUUUCAACCUUCCCUGUGCACCUUAAUCCGAAGACCGAUCAGGACCUUGACCCCAGGUCCCUUUUUCCUAUCAUCUACUAUCAGAAUGCGCGACUCUUGCUUCACCGUCACAACAUAUCCCCCGACUGUCAGCCUGCCGUCCGCUCCACCGCGAUAGACUACUGCAUUCUAAUCGCUACCGACACCGCUAAUAUUCUCUCGCGUUGCAUACGUAAUAUCCCCGCCGAGGACAAGCUAUCCCUAUUCGCGUCCUCGGCCGGAACUCUUCUCUGUACACACAUCUGGCGCUGCGCGCUUAUGCUCCUCUUCCGACAAGAGUACGCCACAGCUAUGAUCUGCAUUCAAGGGCUCGCAGCCAUCGGCGACGCCCGUGCCAUUAAUGCAGCCUGUGGUCGGCAUCUAGAGUUCUUCCUCCGAUAUCUUCUCGGUCGAUCCCAGCACAACGAUAUCGACGAUAUGGAUCAAGACGAGGAGAUGAUCGCUUACGUAUCAGGAGAUAUGCAGGGAACAAGCAAUGGCAGCUGGAUCUGGCAGGGUAGCGAGACAGGCGUUGACCACGUCACGGCGACCAAUGCUCCUGUACAAACAGAGCCCGUACAAACAGAGCCCUCACAAACGGAGCCCCUACAAGCAGAACCAGAGUCAGAGGCCGAGCAAGGUUGGAGCUGGAUCGAGCAGACAGUCCAUCGACUAAUAAUUGAAAAGUCACAGCGGGAGAAUGACAAUCGUGAAUCAGAACAGGAGUCUUCCGGAAUGCCUACCCCGGAAUCUGCGACUUCUUCAACCCUUCACCCGCCUAUUAGCGGCUCUUGCACCUCACGCAUGAAUAUUGCCAAUUUGAUUUGA